CUUCUUCUUGUUGUUUUUCCGUCUAUCUUGGCUUCUUGCGGUUGUUAUCGGGCGCGGUAUCCACCGGAAAUUCCGCCGGAAGAAUUCCUUGUCUUUCAGGCCUGAAGAACAUCUCGAUCUUCCCGAACUGAAAGAAAAUUUUCAGCCUUUGUUUGUUUCUCUUUUUGUGGAUCAGUUUGGCAGAAUUCAGUUGCUAGUGAUCUUGCUUAUCCACUCCCUUAUAUCUCAACUUCCACUUUACGUGUGUGUGUGUGGAUUGGAGGAGAUAAAUGCGUGAUGAAAUGUUGUAGACUUACGAAGUAGAGUUCAGUUUCUAGAGUGCACUGCUCAGGAAUGAUCACUGUAAUUUUCGCUAGUGUUUUUAGGAAUGCCUGGCUCUGAACCUGUUUAGGCUUUGGGCGAAUUCUCCUAGGUAGCCUUUUUUUUUUGUUCCUGAUUCCUGCAUUUUAGUGGAGUGGUUUUUAGUCGUGCGGUGGAUAUUCCCUUUUGCUACUAACUACAAAAUCUCAUCUUUUGGCAUGAUCCUGGUUCUACCAUGAUGGAGUGCGGAAUUGUUCAAAAAAUUAAAUAAAUAAACAGAGAGAUGGAGACAUGGAGUGAAAGAUUAUGCUCUCCAUGACUUGGCACUGAAAUGGGUGCAAAAAGGGACAAACUUGUUUGGGUUCACACAUACAGUUUUACUAACAAAAUAAACAAGUAAGAACACUGGUAGCUUGAGCUUCUGAAGGGAUAGCUUGGUGCCUUGGUCAUGUAUUGCUGCUUGGCGACUUAUUGGACACUCCAUGGUUAUUAAACAAUGUGAUUUUCAUGGACUGGUGAAAUUAAGUAGUAACUUCCAAUCUUCCAGUUGCUAUCUUCCAGUUGCCCUUGUAGCAUCAAUAAGAUUAUUGUUUUUCUUUCAUUAUGCUAUUACUGAAAAAUUGAAAAGUCAGUUUAAGCAUACUAAGGCAGUGUUUGAGGGAGAGAGGAUUGGGAAGAUACGCAAAACGAGAUUAUUGCAAUUACCGUUUUCUUCCUUCUGGUGGUUGCCUUUUAUGCCUUCUUUGCACCAUUCCUGGGAAAGCAAGUCCUUGAAUAUAUCGCAUUCGGCAUCUAUACUCCUGUGGCAUUUGUUGUCUUCAUCCUUUAUAUCCGGUGCACUAGCAUAAAUCCUGCAGAUCCCGGGAUCAUGUCAAAGUUUCAAAAUGGCUUCCGUAAUGCACCAACAAGUGGCACCGGCUUACAGGACACAAAUUUGCCAGGAAGGGGUGAUGUUGCUACUGGAACGAAUUCCCCAACAUCUACUUUUAAGAGCUCUCUAGAUGGACGUUCUAACCAUGCUGGUUUAGCUGCUGGAGAUGGAAAUAAUUUGAGCUCACAACCACCAAGGAGUUCAAGUUGCUCCUUAGUCGGAGGACUUAUUUGUGCUCUGUUUGUUGAGGAGGAUUGCAGGACGCUUGUUGAUUCAGAGCAUCAAGCUGAUGGAGAAGAUGCCUUGUUUUGCACAUUAUGUAAUGCUGAGGUUCGCAAAUUCAGUAAACAUUGCAGAAGUUGUGAUAAAUGUGUGGAUGGUUUUGAUCAUCACUGUCGGUGGCUAAAUAAUUGCGUUGGGCGCAAGAACUAUUUCACAUUUCUUGCUCUGAUGAUUACCAGCCUCCUCUGGCUUGCCAUUGAAAUCGGGGUCGGCAUUGCUGUUCUUGUUGUAUGCUUCGUCAACAAGAAUUCAGAAAGUAUUAUUCAAGACAAGCUUGCAAAUGGUUUAACUCGUCCACCCUUUGCAACUAUAGUAGCCAUAUUUACUCUUCUUUCUAUAAUCGCUUGUAUACCCCUAGGUGAACUCUUCUUCUUCCACAUGAUACUGAUCAGAAAGGGGAUCACAACUUACGAAUAUGUUGUCGCAAUGAGAGCUAUGAGUGAAGCACCUCAAGAGGAGGAAGAAGAGGAUGGGGUGAACAUUGUUUAUUCCCCAACAAAUUCAGCAACUACUGGAUUCAGCGGUGGAAGCUCACUUGGUCUUCCCUACAAGGGUUCAUGGUGCACACCUCCAAGGAUUUUCGUUGAUCAGGAUGAAGUGAUCCCACACCUGGAGGCUGGGAUGGUGCCAUCAACCAUCGACCCUGACACGGCUGGAAAUGCUGAGAGAGCAAACAGAGCCAAGAAGCAAGUGAAGAUCAGCGCGUGGAAGCUCGCCAAGCUUGACACCAACGAGGCCAUGAAAGCGGCGGCGAGAGCUCGGGCGUCCUCCUCCGUCCUCCGGCCGGUGGACGCUCGCCACCGCGGCGGCCACGACGCCGGCGACCUGAGCUCCAGCGGCAACGGCAGCGUCAGGAGCAGCGUGAGCGCCGCCGCCAAGGAGCAGAGGAGGAGGGCGUCCUCUCUCCCGAGCUCGUGCGCGCAGAGCGUGGCGAGCCAGGACGAGUACGAGCAGAGCGGCAGCAGCGUGAUGAGCAGCCCGGUGCGCCUCCACAAGCUCGCGCCGCCGCCAUUGCCGGCGGCGCACAACGUGCCGCCUCGGCCGCCGCCGCCGGUGAACGCUGCUCCGGAGGCGGCAAUACCUCGGCCGCCGCCGCCUGUUCCUCCGGCGACGAGGAUAUCCAACCCGAUGUUCCAGUCGGCCACGUCGUACGUCCGGGAGAACCGGAGGGCGUCGGUCGUGUGGGACCAGGAGGCCGGCCGGUACGUGUCGGUGGCGCCGGCGCCGGCAACGGCGAGGCCAGGAGGAGGCGGCGGUGGCGCCGAGCAGCCGGCGGCGAGGGCGCCGCCUUUCUUGGCGAACCCAGGUGGCGAGCGCGAGCCAUUGAGUGCCGCCCGUAGCCGCAAUAAUCCCGCCGCGCCCGCGCCCACGAACGCCGCCCCUUCGUCGUCGUCGACGCUGCCGUCGGAGAGGCUGACGUACUCCGGCCAGUCGAUAUUCUUCGGCGGGCCACUGCUGGGCGGCGCCGCCGCCGCCGGCGAACCUCGAAGGGACGAGGCGGCGGGGACGAGGGCCCGCGGCGGCGAGUCCUUCCCGGUGUUUGCUCCCGGAACAUUCCAGAAGAAGCCGCCACCGUUCCGUAGGUGAAAUCUGCAACUGAUGACCGGCAAUGGCGAUAUCAUCGCCGGACAAUGCUAAUCUCCGGCGAGGUGACACUGGAAGCAGAAUCUGCAAGAACAAGUGAUCAGCAUAUGCUGUCGAAGCAUUAAAAGGAAGGAAGAUUAAUUAAUGUGGAGUUUUACAUCUGAUGAAGUGAAGAUAAUUACAUAACCUUGUCUGAUUCAGGAAGAGAGAGAAAUCGGGAGCAAAGAGAUGUGGUGGGAGCAAAGAGUUUUGUCAUGUACAGCAUUCUUUUCUCGGUAAUUAAUUCCGAACGAAAUCAUAUAAAACUCCGGGAGUUAGUAUUUGACUGUGAUUUGUACAAUAGUAAUGAAUAAUUAAUUGAAUUUUGGACGCAAUACGCUCAAAAAAAA